UGCAUGAUGUCAUACAUUAAGUUUCGUGAGGUCGUCUUCUGUAAAUAAUAUAUCGCAUAGCCGUAGAGAUACGCUAUUAUUUCUCGUAUUUUCAUAUGGAGAGCAGACGUAAAUGCUGAUACUGUCGAGGUUGGCAGUCCCCUGCCAGCCCGCGUGCUAUCGCUCAGCCCACUAGGCUAACUUUAGCAUAAUACUUCCUAGCUGGUUUAGCUAGCCAGCUAAUCAGAGGUUAUUACGGGAGGAAUCUAGCUUGUUUCCAGAGGCCUGUAUCUAAAUGAGAUGGACGUUUGAAAUGACAGUCACCUGCAUUCUCUAACUGGACCGACGCGUAUCAAAAGGUCAAGCUUGCCUUGAUGUUGGACCUCCCGCCUAGCAUGCAGCCAUGAGCUCGGCCCUGUGGAGCCAGGAGAAGCCCAGUGGGGGCUUCAGGGAGGACUGGCGCUUCUACAUUGUCAUAAAGGAGUGUACGGUGGAGAAGCCUCCCCAGAAGACCCUGAGGAUCCCCCGGGGCAGUCUUGGCCAGGCCUGCCAGGAGCGCAACAGCCUCGGCAGAACUCUGCCCCCGUGCAAGGGCAAAAAAAGUCUCCGCGUCCUGGACCAGACCAAUGUGGUGCUGAGUCUGGACGAGCGGGACGUCCUGGAGCUGGAUGAGAAGCUGGCCGAGCUGCUGUUCCCCAUCACCAACUGCGAGGAGCGCUACGCCCUCCUCUGCAACGAGUCGCGGCUGGAGCGCGUCCGUGACAUUGACUGCGGAUCGAAGGUGCGCGUCCAGCUGCGCUCGGGCGAUGAACCCGUGCCCGGCGUGGUUCGCUUCAAGGGCUCGCUGCUCCCCGACAGAGCGCUCGCUGGAAUCUGGUUUGGAGUAGAGCUGCUGGAGGAGGGCCGGGGCCAGGGCUUCACGGAGGGCUCCUACCAGGGCCGACAACUUUUCCGCUGCGAGGAUGAGUGCGGCGUGUUCGUGGCCCUGGACAAGCUCGAACUGUGGGAGGAUGAUGACGUGGAAGACUUUGGCGAGCUGGAGGUGGACCACAUCAAUCUGGUGGAAGAGGACCAGGACUUCCCCCCAUUGGAGAUCAACUCCAGGGUCCUGGUGCAGACCAGGGACGGGCCGGAGAGAGGCACCAUCAUUUUUUGCGACCUGUUGCCGGGCAACGAGAGCCUGGGCUUCUAUGUGGGAGUUGACAUGGACAAUCCUAUCGGAGACUGGGACGGUUUGUUUGGUGGGAAGUUGCUGUGUAAUUUUGCAAGUUUGGAGCACACGCGACUCGUCCCCAUCUGCGACGUAAUGCCAGAAUAUUCCAUGCAGGACCAAAGGCUGCAAAAGCACAGUUUUGCCCCCAGAGGCACCAACAGUGAAAAGUCGUCUUCUGGCCAAAGCAAACCAAAGAGCAAAGGAUUAGGUCAUCAUUGUGGAAGUAGAAGCAAGUCUGAAUUUUACUAUACUUUAAAUGGCAGCUCUGUUGAUCCCCCCGCCCAGUCCAAAUCCAAAAGCACAUGGUACAUUGACGAAGUUGGGGAGGACCCCGCCAAGUCCCUUACCGAGACACCGCCUGACUUCAACCAGUCCUCCCCGCCCUCCAGGGCCCCGCCCUCGACCUCACUGUCCAGCGACAGCAAGUUCCACUCGCUGCCCUUCAGCCUGAACAGGAAGACCGGGCCCAUUGACAACAUGAACCAUGGGCCUCUGUCGCUUUCUGUCCAGUCGGUGAUGGGAGAGCAGCCCGAGCCGCCGUCACCGGCCGCCCCUCCCUCACCGCGUCCUUCGACGCCGCCCCGAGGACAGCCGGGUCUGGAGGUGGGCUCUCUGGUGGAGGUCAAGGAGAACCCCCCUCUGUGUGGUGUCAUCCGCUGGGUGGGCCUUCCUCCUGGCCUGCUGGAGCCUUUGGCCGGGCUGGAGCUGGAAGAAGAGUGCCCCGGCUGCACUGACGGCACCUUCAAAGGUACGCGCUACUUCACCUGCCCCCCCAAAAAGGCACUGUUCGUUAAGCUCAAGUGCUGCCGGCCCGACUCCCGCUUCCCGUCCCUGCAUCACUCCUCCAACCCCAUCGAACGGUGCAACUCCAUCGCAUUUGGAGGGUACCUAAGUGAGGUGGUACAUGAGAACACGCCUCCCCGCACAGAGAACGACGGUCUGGAUGUCAUGGUAGGAAAAAAGAAAGGCAUCCAAGGCCACUACAACUCCUGCUACCUGGAUUCAACCCUCUUCUGUCUGUUCUCCUUCAGCUCGGUACUGGACACGGUUCUGCUGAGACCACGAUCAAAGACAGAUGUGGAGUAUUACAGAGAGACCCAAGAGCUUCUACGCACAGAGAUAGUCAACCCGCUGCGCAUACAUGGUUAUGUGUGUGCUACUAAAGUGAUGAAGCUGAGGAGGAUCCUGGAGAAUGUAGAAGCUGCCUCUGGGUUUACGUCUGAAGAAAAAGAUCCGGAGGAGUUCCUUAAUAUCCUUUUCCAUCACAUACUCAGGGUGGAUCCGUUGCUGAAACUAAGGUCAGCAGGACAGAAGGUCCAGGACUGUUACUUCUACCAGAUCUUCAUGGACAAGAAGGACAAGGUGGGAGUUCCCACCAUCCAGCAGCUCCUCGAGUGGUCGUUCAUCAACAGCGACUUAAAGUUCGCAGAGGCUCCCUCCUGCCUUAUCAUCCAGAUGCCCCGCUUUGGAAAGGACUUCAAGAUGUUCAACAAGAUCUUCCCCUCGCUAGAGUUGGACAUCACAGACCUUCUUGAAGACACUCCACGGGAAUGUCGGAUCUGCGGAGGCCUGGCUCUCUACGAGUGCCGAGACUGUUAUGAGGACGGGGAUAUCACGGCGGGCAAGAUUAAACAGUUCUGUGAAAAGUGCAAUACGCAGGUUCACCUCCACCCGAGGAGGAAAACCCACCGGCACGGCAAGCUGUCCGUCCCCAAGGAGCUGCAAGACGGUACGGGGCGGCAGGGCAGUUUCCCCCGCCAGAGGAUGGAGCUGUUCGCCGUGCUGUGCAUCGAAACCAGCCACUACGUGGCCUUCGUGAAGUACGGCAGCGCAGACUCCGCCUGGCUCUUCUUUGACAGCAUGGCCGAUCGUGACGGCGGGCAGAACGGCUUCAACAUCCCCCAGGUGUCUCCCUGUCCGGAGGUGGAGACCUACCUGAAAAUGACCCCAGAGGAGCUGCACACGCUGGAUCCCAAGAGCAUCCAGGGCCAGGCCCGACGCCUGCUGUGUGACGCGUACAUGUGCAUGUACCAGAGCUCGACCAUGAGCCUGUACAAGUAGAAACCUCCACCCUGCCCCUCCACCCUUGUCCCUCAGCCACAACCCCCUCCCUCCCUCCUCGAGGGCAGGAGAUUCCUAGAAAAGACCAAAAAAUGAAAAAACAAACUGAAGAAGAAAGGCUGCCUGCCAGCAGGGGUGCUGUCCAUAGUUAAUCCUCUCCAUCCCACCGCUCCUUAAUGCCUGCCUGGGGGUCAGGGAGAUGGAAGAGGUGGGGGGUCGGGGGGGGGGGGGGUAAACCUAUUUGCACUGGGCAUUGGUGUGUUCUUCAUGGAGGCCUGCGUAGCUUCCCUGUGUGGAUGGUGGUGGAUGACGAUGAAGCGAAGGUGGGCCUAACGGAGAUUCACUCCCCGUUCAAGGAGGAAGUGGGAGAAGACGGACAGACGGGAGGGCUUGCUCGCACCGCCGCGGCCGCCAAAAACAAGCUGAGCUAGUGGGAGCACCUCAUUUACCUUAAGAAAAGAGGAGUCCUGCUAUUCUUAAUCACUGUAAAAGACGGGCGCUUUCCCUAAUGCUACAUUAAGGAGGCAAUGCAGUGUGCAAAUCCUCAUCCAACCUCUAUGUACUGUGUAAACUCUCUUAGUAGCAUAGACUUCUCCAGGUAGUCACAUCAACGGCAUAGACGUCAUCCUCCCGUGCAGUCGCAUUCGGACCAGAGCGUUCUGCUCAUUCUGUGAAGCGGUUUGCAUACACACCAUCUGUGUACAUUUCUUUACAGUACAUGUUUUGCAGAAACAGAUGUAGCCAUUGUAACAGUCUCACGUUUUACUGCAUACUUGCUCAAGCAACGCUGCACUUUUGCUCCAUCCCCAAGUGGACCUAUCAGGAAACAUUUAGGUUUUGCUCUCUUUUUUUUUUCUUUCUUUCCCUCUGUGGAAGUCACGGUGAGUGCUAAUUUGUUGGUUGGGAGACAUCAGAGUUUUGUGUUACAGAAUACAAAUGUGCUUCUCCUCUGUAGCAGUAAAGAGAGCUCUGCAUUGCUAAUGCGGGGUAGAUGCCAGAUAAAUUUAUGGAAGGAGACUCGUACAAUGGCUCCUGUUGUAAAGCUUGUUGGUGGAGCACUCGCUUGCAUUCACAGGGUCAGCGAGGUGAAAUACUGGAAAAGUCUGUCUGUUAUCUUUAAAAGUCAGCGAGUAUGAUGUGUAUAACUUGACAUGCAGUGUUUUUGAAGUCUUAGACCCAUCGUGUUGAUAACUUGAUCUAAACGAUAUUUUAUGUUUACGAAGCCUCUUCUCUGCCCGUCAUUGCAAGUAUUGACUCUCGCUGCCUUCCAUGAAGAUGUGACAUGCAAUGUUUGCAGCCAUGCACCAGAUAACACAACAAUUGUGAUGAAAUCGUAUUUAUUGUAUUCUAAUCAAGUUUUCAAACUCCUACAUCGUUGAGAAAAUGAAACCGGGUUGACGAUACUGGUGCGAGGACUCCUCCUCUUUCUCAGUAUACUGGAGUGAGUCAUUGCAGUUUACGCCGUCUCAUAGCAACUACUGAAUGUUAAUAGUGACACGUUGAACAGUGUAGAGUUAACAAAGGGUGGGUGAUGAAUGAGGCACCGGGCUGGAAACCUCGGGGCACCAUAUAUACGUAUUUAAAGAAAACCGUUUAAAUGAAUUAUUUAAAAAAAAAAAAAUCCUUGAUUGCAUCGUAUUCCAAUUUCAAAGAGUACCUAAAGCAUAAAGUAGUUUGUUUUUAUAUAUCACAAGAAAGUGAAUUGAAGAGAGGAACUGCACAUGUUGGCAUCAGCAUUAUAUAUAAACAGUAUAUAUAUAUAUAUAUAUUUUCCUAAAUCACAACUUAAAUAUUGACUUAGUUGUGAGAAUAAUUGUGUGUUUUUUCUCGUUUUUUUCUUAUAAAUUUGGUUCCGGCUGACAACUUUGACAACUCCGUGGUCGUUUCCACUGUCCCAGGGACCCUGACGGGGGGAUUUCCUGUGUGAACUUUUUUCUGCACUGCUGAAGCGUGUCACUGACUGGAGCCUUGUUCUCUAUGAGAGAAUCUCAGAACGGAGGGAACCAGUUUUUCUUUUUUUUUGUUCUUUGUAUUUUCAGUGGCAUCUGUACAGUAUAUACAUAUGUAACGGGUGGAAAAUUAAUGUCAGUGAUGUUCCUGUAAAUGUUAACAAAAUAAAGCCCAUUUUUAAGGGUACACGA